GGGGGGCGGGGCUGGGGGGAAGCGCGAGCUCGCCCUGCGCGGGUCCCCGCCUGAUUGACGGACUAACUCCGUCUAACUUGGCAGGAUUGACUGUCGGAGCGGUGCGCCCUUAAAUCAUGAAGCCUCCCAGCAGGUGAUUGAACAGGCCUUGAAGAUAUGUCCGGUAGGAAACCCAACUCAGAAUUCAUUGGGAGGCCUAAGACACCUGCAUAAUCCUUUCUAGGAUCAACUAGCUAAGGAAUGUAUAUCCUUAGGGGUAUCAUUCCAUAGAAGUAGAGCUAAGAACACGGGUGUAUUUGUGGUGUUCUAUCCAUCAGAAAGAAGAGUGCAGCAUCUUGCAGUAAAUUUCUUAAAGAUUCACUACUUUUGAUGUGACCUCUGAUACAAGUAGGCAAGUAGGAAGAAUGAAAAUGCUGUUGUUUCUGGGAGCCUACAGGGCCUGUGAGAUGUGUUUCUAAGAAAGAUUUUGAUGCUUCUAACAAAAUGAAGUGCAAGAUACCAGUUAUUCUCCUUGCCUGUGGCUCCUUUAACCCUGUUACAAAUAUGCACUUGCGUUUAUUUGAAGUGGCUAGAGAUCAUCUUCACCAAACAGGAAUGUACCAGGUGAUUGAAGGCAUAAUUUCCCCAGUAAAUGACAGCUAUGGAAAGAAAGAUCUUGCAGCUGCAAAACAUCGGGUUGCCAUGGUACAACUGGCCCUACAGACAUCCAGCUGGAUUCGAGUGGAUCAAUGGGAGAGUGAACAAAAGGAGUGGAUAGAAACAGUGAAGGUGUUGAGACACCACUACAAUGAACUUCUCAGAUCCUUACCCAGGAGAAAAGAGGCCACAAGCUCCAGGGCAGACUCUGAAAUACCUACUGAGGAUAUCGCCACUCCAGCAUAUACAGCUGCUCCCGAGUUAAAGCUGCUCUGUGGUGCGGAUGUUCUGAAGACAUUUCAAACCCCCAACCUCUGGAAAGAUGAACACAUCCAAGAAAUAGUUGAAAAAUUCGGCCUGGUGUGUGUUAGCAGGGCUGGCCAUGACCCAAAACAAUAUAUCUCUGAAUCAGCCAUUUUAACUCACUAUCAACAUAAUAUACAUCUAGUCAAGAAUGUGGUACAAAGUGAUUUGAGUGCCACGGCCAUCAGACAAGCCUUAUGUCAAGGACAGAGCGUGAAGUAUCUGAUUCCAGACUCAGUUAUUUCCUAUAUUAAGGAUCAUAACCUGUACCUGGAAGAGAGUAAAUAGACAGAAUUAAAGGAAUGGGGUGCUUCUUGGAGGCUAUAGGCCAGCUUGCCUUAUGGGAUGCAGGAUAGGAUGCAGGAAAUGUGGUAGAUUGAGUACACAACCCAUUAUCAAGUUCUCUGAACACUCCAUCUCUGUCCAGAACUUCUCCUACCACCAAAAAAUAAAUCACAUUUUAUUGGGGCACAUUUCCUGCAAGUAUAGGAAACAUUUCCUGUAGGAAAAAAUUAUUAAGUUAUAAAGGGAAAAGUUACUCCAUUGUUACAAAAAAAAAGGUCACUCCAUUGCAAGUUGAUAUAUUAUGAAAAAAAGAAAACCUUCUGAGGCCACAAUGUCAAGAAGUUUGUUGAGAUUUGAAUUUGGCUUCCACUGCUAUUAGGAGCUUUCAGAGUUUGUCUGAAUAAUAAGUUUUGGUUUUUUGUAAGUAUGGCAGAGUGUUCCCUGAUCAUAUUAUCAGUAUUGUGCAUAUUGAAUUUUUUAAUAAGUCUUUAAGCACAAGAUCCUCUUCUUUAUUGGAGAUAUUUGACAGGAUACUAAUUAUUUUACAGUGGACUUAGUAAGCUUUGUUUUGAAAAGAAUAGGACUAAUUGAGCAAUAUCACAACAGGAAGUUCCGUAGUGACAAGUGUGGACUCAUUGGCUGUGUACUCAGCAUUUUCCUAAGCAGUACUGGAUAUUCCACAGAGAACCAUUUAAGAGGAAUUCAUUUCUGUUCGUAUUAAUAAAAGUGAAAAUUAAGUGAUUUUCUAAGCAAACAUUUUCACGUAUUUUAAUAUAAUAAAUAUUUUUAAUACUAUUCUAGCAGGAAACAUGAUAUUCCUGACUACAAUUGUCAGUGCCCUUUUUUCUCAGGUUUCUUAAAAAAAAAGUUGAUUCACUUCAUUUUGACAGUAUCUUUUGAGUGUCUCAUGUCUGCAUGUUGGCAAACAUAAAAAAUAAAAUGACAUCAGAAGUCCUAA